AGGAAAAGGUACACGAUGAACAGGUGGAAAUAUUCGGAAAUGAUAAAGAACUCCAACGGCAAAAGAUCUCCAAAAAAUGAUUUACCUCGAGAUGGUGAUCAAGGAAACAUUGAGACUGUAUCCAAGCGUACCAUUUCAUUCUAGACCAAUAAUUGAAGAUAUAAAAAUUGAUGAAAACACCGUCAUUCCAGCGAGUUAUACCGUUGGAGUGUUUACUUACGCUCUCCAUCGAUCCAAAAAUCAUUGGGAUAAUCCAGAGGAGUUUAUUCCUGAAAGGUUCGUUCCUGGGAUUGAAAGAUGUCCGUUUUCAUUUAUACCGUUUUCAGCUGGUCCAAGAAAUUGCAUAGGCCAGAGAUACGCAAUGAUGGAGUUAAAGACGAUCAUGUCGAUAGUAGUGCGGCAGUGCUUGCUAGAGCCAGUCACAACUUCGAUAAGCUUGGACUAUGGUAUUACAUUAAACGCAGCAGAACCGAUAAUCGUUAAGGCUAUUUCAAGGAAUGGAACCCGAAGAAUGAUUCCCAUGAUGAAUGGUUAAGAUUCGCUGUAAAAGAAAGCGUUACAACUAAUCAUUUAUUCAAGAC